AUGGCAUCUGGGGCUCGUGCAGUACAAUACUCAAUUCCGCCACGAGAAGACUUCAACAAGCUCUCCGACGAACAGAAGACACGCAUCGGCGAGGCGUUUGAUCUCUUCGACGCCAACAAGGACGGUCUCUUAUCAUACGAGGAGUUUCGCUUCGUCCUCCGAGCGCUGGGCUUUGAGCUGCCCAAGGCGCAAACGUACGACCUGCUGAUCCGCCACGGUCAGAAGCCGGCCAACUGGCAACACGACCAGGACUGUCCACCCGUUUACCGUCUGUUUAAUCUCCCGACGACGCAGGCCAUUACCGGCACAUUAAUCCGUCAGCGAGACCCAAAAGAAGAGCUUAGGCGCGCAUUCAGGUUGUUCGACAUCGACGGCAAGGGCCUGAUCACACAAGAGGAUUUGAGGAGGGUUAGCAAGCAGGUGGGGAAUAAUCUUCCCGAUGCCGAUAUCGUGGCCAUGAUCGAGGAGUUCGAUUCGCAAGGGAAAGGGGGGGUAGACGAGGACGAAUUCUUAAGGUUGAUGAUGUCUAAAAAGUAA